CCCUAAUGACCCUUGUUGACGUGAGUCGUUGGCGGAAAGGGGGCGCUCGCUUCACAAAGACGUCAAGUGUCAGUCAUAAAGAGUCAACCGAAGAAGAAGUAGCGGUUCGAGUGGCGUCUUGAGGCAAACAAUCAUGGCGGCGACGGAGAGCGAGGUUCUGUGUGAGAUUGAGGUGCUGCAGUCCAUCUACUUGGAUGACCUGCGCGUCACCAGGACACAGGACAGGCGCUGGGAGGUGAGUCUGGUUUUGUACCCGUCCACAGCCGAAGAUUCCGGAUCCCAGUUUGUCCGACUAAACUUGACGUUGACCCUCGACGACCAGUAUCCUUGUUCGUCUCCUGACAUCUCCAUACACAACCCAAGAGGACUCUCUGACGACAAGAUCAGCAGCCUUCAGCAGAGUCUUGAGCUUGAAGCCGAGUCGUACGUCGGCUCGCCCGUCUUGUAUCAGCUGAUUGAGAAAGCCAAAGAAAUACUGACUGAAAGCAACAUUCCUCACGGGAACUGUGUCAUCUGCCUCUACGGAUUCAAGGAGGGGGAGUCAUUCAGCAAGACGCGCUGUUAUCACUACUUCCACUCGCACUGCUUGGGUCGAUACGCUCGCCACUCGGAGGAGGAGAUACGCGUCCGCCAGCAGGAGAUGGCCAAGGACAAGACGGCCACGCAGCUUCAGGAGCUGACGGUGGUCUGUCCCGUGUGCCGUGAGCCUCUGACCUACGACCUAGAUCAGCUGAUGGCCAGCGUCGCACCGCAGCUGCCCGAGCUGGACGCCGCCGCCAUCUGCUCCGACUUCCAGCAGAAGUGGCGAGAACUUGAGAGGGUUCUGGACAGACAGCGCUGUCGAGGAGGCGUCAUCGAUCCCAAGGAGGAGUCCAAUCGUUUCCUCAUACAUAUCAAUGAGGCACCUUCUUCUCCUGAUGGUGGCGGCGAGGACCCACCCCUACCCGCCGCCUGUGAGCUUCCUCCGCCAUUGCAUCACGUUGCUCCACGGCCAACGCACUGCUCGGGCACUCACUGGCAGCCUCAUGGUCAGCCUCAGGCCCGCAAGCGCCACAGCCACGGCAGGGGUCCCAGGAGAGGAAGCGCGGGGCCCCGAACGUAUCACACCAGAGGAGGCGCCCCCAUCUCGGAACACCUGGACUCGCUCUGUCUGUCGUCGGACCCCACCGAGGGAGCGCCCCGCGCCACGUGUGAGGAUGUGUGCGCUCACUUGACUCUUCAUCAAACAGGAAGUCACUCUUCUUCAUUUGACAAACACACCGCAGCGGGGCGCGCUCAACGGGCCCGCAGAAGGGGCCCGCAGCACUUGGCCCACGGAGGACCCCCUCAACACCGCCGCUGGGACGCUCGAGCACCGAGAGGGGGGGCGCCCCGCCAGCAGAGGGUGGGGGGACCAGAGGAGGACCUCUGACACACACACACACGUGUUCUUGUGUGGUGACACGAAAUGAAAUGACUUAAUUAAAUCUAAUGAACUAAUAAUGCA